UGUAACCUCGCUUCGGAAUCGUAAAAUUAUAGAUUUCAACACUCUGCAGCUAGAUGUUUAAUAACUACGGAUGGAUUUUUAACCGCAAGUGCCAUUGCGGUCCCCAAACAGAGAACUUUACUCAUAUGAGUAAUACGCAUUUGGUGAAGAACCACGGGAUUUUAGUUUCCCGGAAGUGCACCGGAAAUACGCAAACAAAAGUAUCGCGGUUAAAUAUGCUCAACAACCACGGCACACUUAUCUGGCACAAAUGUAGCUGCAAUUCGGAGCUUUUUAUAGUGAAUCAACUAUAUAAUUUCGGGACCAUCAUAAACUGCAUGUGCAACUGUAGCCGAACAAUUCCGUCCCCAAGUUUGUAUAUGGGAAUUGAAAAUUCUUCGACACUUGAGAUUGCCGGCCGGAAGACAACCCCACCCCUGGUCACCACAGUACAGUUAGGAGGAUCUAAUGGAACGAACCAUGAUAUCCGUAAUUUAGGGCGACCACGGAAUUCAAACCUGCUUACCACGGAACGUCUAGGAGGAUCUGCUCGGAUAUCCCUCUUAAAACUGCUGGGAUCACCGACCUCGGGAGUAGAGCUAACCCAGACCGGUGCUGCCCAGGAUUCUUGUCCUGAACUCGAUUGUAAGAGCAAGAAAAUAGCUAUAGGAGGCAACCUUAAGGGAUCUCAAAAAGACACAUCUAAUCAAGAAAAUUCGUUUUUACCGAGCCCCAAGACGUCGAGAACUUCACAGGGUUUCAUUUUAUCCAAAGGAAAAUUCGUUUCGCGGUUUACAAGCACUCCCUUACCAGUUGAAACUCUGGCAGGCUUACGAAAGAGGACAGCAGAUCCGUGUUCAUCCCAAGCCACAUUACAUGGACAACCAAAACGGCAGAAGUCGGAGUCUUCAUGGAAGCCGCUGGAAAAUAGAAAUAAUAUUAAAAAAUCUAUCUUGCUGCCCAAACCGGAGUCAACAAAUCAGCAGCAGACAACCAUAACAAGGCCCACGGUAUUACUGGAAAAAUCCGUAAAGAUGGAAUCUCCGAUCAAGACUAUAAAUCCUCAGUUAUCGGUAGUAUCGUCUUAUUACAAACCAGCAAAGUUACAAAAUUGGUUGCUACCCAAGCCGCAGCAUCCAAGAUCUGUGCUGAAGCCAUCUAUAUAUUUUAAAAAUGCCAUCACGGUGCUCCAACAUAAAAGUUGACCAAACGUUCCUAUACAGACGAAUCCAUCCAAACAUACUGAAGUUGAUAGCUCAGAAAAUUCAGUAAAAGUACACCAGAAAAAAACACCGUUCAGCACCUGAGCUUAUAUCCUCAAUGCUAAAUUAUACUUCUGUGAAAACAUUUGUUUGUACAUUGGAUAAGGCCACUUAUUCGCAACUAGAGGUAUCACCAGAAAGGAAACCUCCA